AUGACGAACUCGGAAGAAAUCUUCCAAUCGGUCUUCAUAUAUCCCCGACCUGAAAAAUGGGAGCUGGUCAAAACGCUCAUGAAGGACAUUGCGGAGUAUGUUAGAGCCAAUGAACCCGGCACGUUAGUCUACGCGGUCCACGAAUGUACCAAGGACCCAAACUCGCCGGUUCUCGUAGUCUGGGAGAAAUAUCAAGAUAAAGCCGCUCGGGCCAGACACCAACAGAACCCCGGACUUGCAGAACUACUGCGCCACAAUGAAGCUGACGCGUUGAUUCGGCAGCCCUUUGAGAUAAUGCCCCUGGCUCCCAUGGCCGGAAAAGUUCCAUGA